AUGAUUAUAUAUUCCAAUCGUGGUGAAUGUUGUUGGGCUUUUACAGCUGUGACAGCUGUAGAAGGUAUUGUUAAAAUCAAAAUAGGUGAUUUGAUUUCAUUGUCAGAGCAACAACUGGUUGAUUGUGAUAAGCAAAGCCACGGGUGUAAAGGUGGUUCUAUUGACUCUGCCUUUGAAUCUAUAGUAAACGAUCAAGGAAUUCUUCGAGAAACUGAUUAUCCUUAUAAAGGAGUUGAUCAAACUUGCCAACUAAAUGGUCAAGUACAAGUCGGAGCUCAAAUAAAUAGUUAUGCAACCGUAACUCCCAAUGAUGAACAACAACUACUACAAGUUGUGGCGCAACAGCCAGUAUCAACUGCAAUCUCUAUAGGUGAUGAAUUUAAGAAAUACAUGCAUGGGGUUUAUUCAGGAUUGUGUGGAACCGAUUUGAACCAUACAGUUACAAUAGUUGGUUAUGGAAUAAGUGAAGAAGGGAUGAAGUAUUGGAUGGUUAAGAAAUCUUGGGGUGAAAACUGGGGUGAGAAUGGUUACAUGAGGGUACUCGGAGAAAAUGAUGAAACUGGAGGUCAAUGUGGCAUUGCUAUGUAUGCUUAUUACCUAAUAGUUGGUAAUUUUAAACUGUUUUUUACCAUAUUAGUUCUUGUUGUGUCGUUAUAA